GUUCCACCGCGCAGCCGCAGAAGGCUCCGAGGCGCUAAUGCGCAGCCGCAGAAGGAGCGGACUGGUCUGCGCAGCCGCAGGCGAAGCCGGCGGUAUCUGGACAAGUUCUUCCCGGGCUGUUUCGCCCGCGGCCUCAGGAGGUUGGGCCUGGGCGGGUCUUGACCCUGCACCUCUCACCCGGGCGCGUGAGGCCGGCUCCGCUGCGCUGGCCUCGAGGCGCCAACCCUCCUCCCCUAAGCCGCCGCCAUCAUGGUGCCUGUGUUCACCCUGAAACUGCGCCACAAAAUCAGCCCCCGCAUGGUGGCCAUAGGGCGCUACGACGGGACUCACCCGUGUCUGGCGGCCGCCACCCAAGCUGGCAAGGUUUUUAUUCAUAAUCCUCAUACACGGAACCAGCAUUUCAGUGCAUCCAGGGUCUUCCAGAGCCCCCUGGACUCUGAUGUUUCUCUUCUCAACAUUAACCAGGCAGUCAGCUGCCUGACUGCAGGCGUAUUGAACCCCGAGCUUGGCUGUGAUACUCUUUUAGUGGGGACACAGACUAAUCUUUUGGCUUAUGAUGUCUACAAUAAUUCGGAUUUGUUCUACAGAGAGGCAACAGAUGGGGCAAAUGCAAUUGUGCUGGGGACUUUAGGAGACAUUUCUUCCCCUCUUGCAAUUAUUGGUGGCAAUUGUGCUCUGCAGGGUUUCAAUCAUGAAGGAAGUGAUCUCUUUUGGACGGUUACUGGAGACAAUGUUCAUUCCUUGGCCUUGUGUGACUUUGACGGUGAUGGAAAGAAAGAGCUUCUUGUUGGAUCUGAGGAUUUUGACAUCCGAGUUUUUAAGGAAGAUGAGAUUGUGGCAGAAAUGACAGAAACAGAGGUAGUCACCUCUCUUUGUCCCAUGUAUGGCAGUCGAUUUGGUUACGCCCUUUCCAAUGGCACAGUUGGAGUUUAUGACAAAACAGCCCGAUAUUGGAGAAUUAAAUCGAAAAAUCAUGCCAUGAGCAUUCAUGCUUUUGACCUUAAUUCUGAUGGAGUGAAUGAACUGAUAACUGGUUGGUCCAAUGGGAAGGUUGAUGCUCGAAGUGACCGAACUGGGGAGGUCAUCUUCAAGGACAAUUUUUCUUCUGCAAUUGCUGGUGUGGUAGAAGGAGAUUACCGGAUGGAUGGCCACAUACAGUUAAUCUGCUGCUCAGUGGAUGGGGAAAUCCGGGGCUACCUGCCUGGCAUGGCUGAGAUGAAGGGAAACCUCAUGGACACCAGUGCAGAGCAGGACCUAAUUCGAGAGCUGAGUCAGAAGAAGCAGAAUCUGUUGCUGGAACUCCGUAACUAUGAGGAAAACACCAAGGCUGAAUUGGGCAGUCCACUGAAUGAGGCUGAUGGUCAUCGGGGCAUAAUUCCAGCCAAUACCGGGCUCCACACCAUACUCUCAGUCAAUUUGGGGAAUGAGACCCAAACUGCUCAUACAGAAGUAUGCAUAUCUACUUCUAAUGACACCAUCAUCCGAGCAGUACUGAUUUUUGCAGAGGGAAUUUUUGCAGGUGAAAGCCACGUGGUACAUCCCAGCAUUCACAACCUCUCCAGUUCCAUCCGCAUCCCUAUUGCGCCUCCCAAAGAUGUCCCUGUGGAUCUGCACUUGAAAGCAUUUGUGGGUUACAGAAGCAGCACCCAGUUUCAUGUAUUUGAAUUGACAAGACAGCUCCCUCGAUUCUCCAUGUAUGCACUGACCAGUCUGGACUCUGCCAGUGAGCCAAUCAGUUAUGUUAACUUUACCAUUGCAGAACGGGCACAGAGGGUUGUUGUAUGGCUCAGUCAGAACUUUCUGUUACCAGAAGACACUCACUUUCAGAAUGCUCCAUUUCAAGUGUGUUUCACAUCUUUACGGAACGGUGGCCAUCUGUAUAUAAAAAUAAAGCUUAGUGGAGAGAUCACUAUAAAUACUGAUGAUAUUGAUUUGGCUGGCGAUAUCAUCCAGUCAAUGGCAUCAUUUUUUGCUAUUGAAGACCUUCAAGUAGAAGCGGAUUUUCCUGUCUACUUUGAGGAAUUAAGAAAGGUGCUAGUUAAGGUGGAUGAACAUCAUUCAGUGCAUCAGAAGCUCAGUGCUGACAUGGCUGAUCAUUCUAAUCUGAUCCGAAGUUUGCUGGUCAGAGCUGAGGAUGCUCGUCUGAUGAGGGACAUGAAAACAAUGAAGAGUCGUUAUAUGGAACUCUAUGACCUUAAUAGAGACUUGCUAAAUGGUUAUAAAAUUCGCUGUAACAAUCACACAGAACUGUUGGGAAACCUCAAAGCAGUAAAUCAAGCAAUUCAAAGAGCAGGUCGUCUGCGGGUUGGAAAACCAAAGAACCAGGUGAUCACUGCUUGUCGGGAUGCAAUUCGAAGCAAUAACAUCAACACACUGUUCAGAAUCAUGCGAGGGGGGACAGCUUCUUCACAGGAGAGGAAAAUGUAGGUCAUGAAGUUCCUGGAAAAGGUUUUUGUUAAAAAUCUAUGCUGGUUUACUUUGGAUCACCCCCUUGUGAACCCAGGGUGCUAAGGAUGAAAAUAACCUUGGUGAGUUGUGCAAGUUAAAGACAAAGAACUACAUUUGAAGAUAUAUUUGCUUGCUAGUUUUAAGUCAGUAGUACUGUUGCUGAAUGAUACUGGGUUUCUAUGGAAUCGGAUGAAUGCUUUUGAAGUAUUAGGGCUUCAAAGUCCAAUUUUUGCUUAUUUAUGGUAUAUUAAUACAUCUUUUUUCUUGAAAUUGUAAUUGAAUUUAUACUUUUUAAAUAAUCUACUUCUUCAUUAAAAUGUAAAGAUGUUAAACUGUGUUGAUUGAUUAUAAAAUCACUAUCAAAUCAGAA